AUGGCUCUUGUGACCAGCAAAAGAGCUUCAUCAUCCUCUUUCACCCAAUUCAAGAACUUUGAUGUCUUCUUGAGUUUUAGAGGAGAAGAUACUCGUCUUGGUUUUAUAGGUCAUUUGUAUAAUGCUUUGCGUCAACGGGGUAUUAACACCUUCAUUGAUGAUAACCUUAAAAAAGGAGAAGAAAUUUCUAUAGGACUUCUCAAAAUUAUUGAAAGCUCAAUGAUUUCGAUAAUCGUAUUCUCUGAGAACUAUGCAUCCUCCACCUGGUGCUUGGAUGAACUUGCGAAGAUUAUUGAGUGUAAAAAGAAUGACCAAUUGGUGCGACCGGUUUUUUAUAACGUAAAUCCAUCAGAGGUUCGUAAUCAAAAAGGAAAGUUUGGGGAAGCAUUGACUAAACAUGAAGAAAAGCUAAAUGAUAACAAAAGGGUGCAGACUUGGAGGGAUUCUUUAUAUGAAGCGGCCAAUAUAUCUGGUUGGCAUUACAAGCAUGACUGCACUGAAUUUGAAUUUAUCCAAAGAAUUGUUGAAGAAAUCUCAAAUUCUAGAUUAAAUCGGAUGCCAUUAGUUGUUGCUAAAUACCCGGUUGGAAUAAAUUCUCGUGUAGAGGCCAUAACAUUGCAUUUAGAUAUUGGGUCAAAUGAUGUUCGUAUGAUAGGCAUGUAUGGUCCUGGUGGAGUGGGUAAAACAACCAUCGCAAAAGCUAUUUAUAACAGAAUUUUUGAUCAUUUUGAAGGAAGCAGCUUUCUAGAAAAUGUUAAAGACAAGUCAGGGGCAAUUAAUGGUAUAAUCCAACUACAAGAGGCACUUCUAUUUGACAUCUUAGGGGAUGGACAACUGAAGGUGGGAAGUGAAUCGAAAGGAACCAGUGUGAUAAAGAACAGACUUCGCAAUAAAAGAAUUCUUGUAAUCCUUGAUGAUGUGGAUAAAUUGGACCAAAUAGAAAGAUUGAUUGGAGGAUGUGAUUGGUUUGCUUUGGGAAGUCGAAUUAUUAUAACAACAAGAAACAAACAUUUAUUAUGUUCUUUAAGAAUAGGUCAUUCAACCUAUGAGGUUAAAGAGUUAGACAGUCAUGAAGCUCUUGAACUAUUUAGUAUGCAUGCCUUCCAAAGAAACAAACCUGAGGAAGAUUAUUUAGAACUUACUGAUCAAGUUAUAUGUUAUGCCAAGGGCCUUCCAUUAGCUCUAUCAAUAAUUGGUGCUGAUUUGUGUGGAAGAAAUGAAAUGCAAUGGAAAAGUGCAUUAGAUAAGUAUAAAAAAAUUCCUGACAAAGAUAUUCAAAAAAUACUCCAAAUAAGUUAUCAAGGAUUGGAUGAAACUGAACAAGAUAUUUUCCUUGAUAUUGCAUGUUUCUUCAAAGGGCAUUACAAGGAAUAUGUUGUAGAUAUACUAAAUGCUUGCAAUCUAUACCCAAUCAUUGGUAUUCAAAAACUUACUGAUAAGUGUCUCAUAACUGUUGAUCGAUCUAACAAAUUAUGGAUGCAUGACUUGCUGCAACAAAUGGGCAGAGAAAUUGUUAGACAAGAAUCACCACAAAUGCCAGGAAAACGUAGCAGACUAUGGUGUUAUGAGGAUGUUGUUGAAGUGCUAAUGGAAAAUACGGGAUCGGAAAACAUUCGAGGCAUGAUGAUAUGCUCACCUGAACCAGAAGAGAUGCAAUUAGAAGCUAAAUUUCUUGAGAAGAUGAAAAAUCUCAAAUUCCUUAUGGUUGAUAAUAUAGAUAUUUGUGGAGGUAUUGAAUAUCUUCCCAAUGGAUUAAGGUUGCUUGAUUGGCCUGGAUUUCCUCUAUCUUCUUUGCCAUCCAAUUUUCGUGCGCAAAACCUCAUUGCGCUUAACAUGCCACAAAGUCAGGUUAUAUUGGACAAGCUUCUCGAGGUAUGA